AUGCCGCUGAAGGACACUACCACAGAUCAAUCAAACAAGUUCUUAUAUCACCAAAAGAGCCAUCUCUCUCCUCUUCAUCAAAACCAUUCACCAACAACCUUCCUCAUCAUCAUCCGUGAACCUUUCCAAUGGCUCCAUAUGCUCUGCAGAGAACUAAACACAAGCUUUGUUAUGGGUGUUGUCAUAGUCUAUGGUUUCAACCAAGGUUUCUCUUUUUCAUUCUUUAGGGUUGUCUCAGAUUACUAUUGGAAAGAUGUCCAAAAGGUACAACCCUCUUCAGUUCAACUCUUCAUAGGAUUUUAUUACAUCCCUUGGCUUAUGAAACCAAUUUGGGGACUCCUCACAGAUGUCUUCCCUAUCAGAGGUUACCAGCGCCGACCGUAUUUCAUCGUCGCCGGUGUUAUAGGCUUUGCUUCAGCACUUAUAGUAGCUAUUACUGCUAAAUUUUCAGUCCUCAUGGCAUUGCUUUGUCUGAUUGGAGUUACCGCCAGAGUGGCAAUCGCCGAUGUAAUGAUCGAUGCUUGUACCGCAAGGAAUAGUAUCAAAAAACCGGCAUUGGCGCCGGAUAUGCAGAGCCUUUGUAUGUUCUGCUCAUCUGUUGGUGCCUUAAUUGGGUAUUCCACUAGUGGCAUGGUUGUUCAUCAUUUAGGGUCUCAGGCAUCAUUGGGAGUUUUGGCAAUGCCUGCUUUACUACUGGUCUUGUUGGGUUUCUUCAUUUAUGAAUUGAGAAACAAUCGCCCAUGUGAGAAGAAGGUGUUAGAGAAAGUAGGAGGAGCAAUGAGUGGCAUGUACACCACCAUCAAGUGCCCUCAAGUGUGGAAGCCUACUCUCUAUAUGUAUCUCUCUUUGGCCCUCAGUAUCAGCACUCAGGAAGGACAGUUCUACUGGUUUACUAACCCAAAAGCAGGCCCUGCUUUCUCUCAGGAGGUUGUUGGAGUGGUAUAUGCAAUUGGUGCACUGGCCUCUAUUGUAGGAGUCUUAAUCUACCACAAGCUUCUGAAAGACUAUCCCUUUAGAAACCUGCUAUUCUUUGCACAACUUCUUUAUGGAAUCUCCGGCAUGCUCGACCUCAUCUUCGUCCUCCGGUGGAAUCUAAAACUUGGGAUCCCUGACUACUUCUUUGUAGUCACAGAGGAAUGUGUAACUAGAAUCAUAACCAGGAUAAGAUGGAUGCCCAUGAUGGUGCUUAACACUAGACUUUGCCCUAUAGGCAUUGAAGGGACAUUCUUUGCCCUAUUGAUGUGCAUCGACAGUUUUGGGGCACUCUCCUCCAAGUGGGGUGGUGGUAUGGUUCUUCAUGUGUUGCAUGUAACAAGAACAGAUUUUACCAACCUGUGGCUGGCACUUCUUAUUAGGAACUUAUUGAGAUUUUCAGCAUUGAGUUUGAUUUUUCUCAUUCCUAAAGGGGCCCAAUUAGAUUUUAUGGCUUCAUCAGACCUAUUGAGGAAGAAUCAAGAUAUGACCACAGAAGAGGAAGGCUUGCAACUUAUGCCCAUGGAUGAAAAACCUGAUGAAUCUUAGAUGUUUGUAUAUCUAAAUACUAUUAAACGCUUAAAUGAUUAUUUUAUUUGCAUUC